AUGUCGCUCGCCGAACUGACAGCAAAUGGGAACCAGCUGGCCCAGAUUCCAGCUGGUGAACCGCCACACGGAGUGAUUCCCAACCUCAAGAAUCCACCGUCUGAUGGGUACCUGCUCUUCAUUAUCGGAGGCGUUGGGGUUACCAUCAUGCUCGUCGUAGUGGCCCUGCGGUUCUACGCCCACGUUGUGAUCCGCAAGGUCUUCAAGGCAGAAGAUUGUGCGUCUUGUAUUUUGUAUUUCUUCAAUUUCUCUCUAUUUUCAUUUUCUUCCGGUUGCCUGAGUUCUACUGACAGGUUCACUAAUGCUACGGUAGGGUCGGCUCUCAUUGGCAUUUCCUCCUAUUUCACGAACUGGGUCACGCUAGUGGUCUGGGCCUUCGUCAAAAACACCUUCCUGCUGAUGUACCUGGACAUCUUCCGACCGUUGCAAUACCAGCGGUUUGCAAUCUACAUCGGCUUAUUUGUCAACUGGACCUUCUACACCGUUGUUCUAAGCGUGAUCCUGGCCUUGACCUCGCCCGCCCCUGGUCAGAGUUGGCUCGACUGCUUCAUGUCCGACCGACAGGCCCAUAUGCAGAGCUGGAUCAUGCCCGUCGCGGCGGGGAACCUCAUUCUCGACACGUAUAUCCUGCUCUUACCAAUCGGAUCCGUUAUGAGGCUGCAGCUGUCCAGAAGGAAGAAGCUGGCUGUGCUUUCGGUCUUCGCGACGGGGUUUGUCGCCUGCAUCGCCUCCGCUGUAAGCAUCUACUACAAGCAGCGCCUUGCGCACAAUUUGCACGACCUCAGCUAUCACACGCUUCCCGUGCUGAUCUCGGCCCUGUUGGAGAUGUGCGUAGGGGUCACGGCCAGCUGCAUGCCGGCCAUGGCCCUCCUCAUCCGGACAAAAGGCCACCCACUGAUCCGCCUGACAACGUGGGCGUGGGGCACCUUGACUAACUGGACGAGAUCUCAAUACACCAAGUCUCGGUCGAGGGAUAGCGCGGGGAGCUGGUAUCGGAGACGCGCGACUGCACAUCCGGCUUCUUUCUCGCCCGCUUUCUCGCCCUCGCCCUCGCCGAUUAGCUUGCAUAUCCAUGCUAGUCGGCACAAUCAAGGGGUAGAAGGGGGAGGGAUCAGACGGACGUAUGACUUGCUGCAGGAAGUGGAACUUCAGAAUAUCCAGUCCCAGAAUCAUUUGCUCGGCGCGGAGAGGGAGGAGGAAUGGCAUAGUUGUCCCGGAAUGUCGCAUGGUGGAGCACCGGCUCAGGCGUGUUACCUGAGCGAAGACCUAACCGCUUCAUUUACUAAUUGUCGCAGUUGCAGUUGCAAACGCAUUAGCAUCAGCAUCAGCAUCAGCAUUUUCACAAUGGCCGAGGAAACGAUCUAUACAUGGCUCUUCACGGUAGCCUGCGUGUUCUUGAUUCUGAGUGAGCUUUACUACAGCCUACAUCUAAUAGAUCUAACCCAUCAGCGAAACCGCCACUUCUACCGUCCCUGGGCCCCCAAGCCUAUUCUCAUCCCGCCAACCAAGAAGAUGAUGAUGGAGCUCAGCGAGGCAAGCGCCCUCUCGCAGCGUGCCGUCUACGCAGACAUGAUCGGUCUAACAUACAGCUUGAAUGGCUUCGACCACCACGAGGUCAGUAAGCGCAAAGCGCGCCUGUUCGGCCGUGCCAUGCUCGUCGUAGGCGCCGCGAAGCUACCCACGCUGUAUCCGUAUCUCAUUGAGAAAGUGACGCGUGUUCUCGCAACGGAGCUCGGCAAGGUGGGUGGUGGGCGUGCAGGAACCCUGGGCCUUGACACGCGGUCCGUCUCGGUUACUGUGCUGAGCGAGCAGGUUAUGGCAGAGUUUGUGGGGCUGUGGAUAUUCGGGGAGAAUCUAUGGUCCGACUUGUCCUUUCGCAAUGGCCUCGUCCGCCUCCCACAGCUCAAGAGGACCGUGGCUGUGUUCCAGCUCACGCCGCGAUUUAUGGCCCCGGUCAUACACGCACUCCUCGCCUGGGGCGGAAAGGCAAAACACAAGACCCAGGACCGACUCAGGGACCUGAUAUCGGGCGUUGAGGAGUGGAAUGAACCACCAGAGAUCAAAGAGUUAACCCUUCUCAACGACCUCAUCGAGCUCUCCGCCGAGAAUCGCGACUACUGGACACCCGAACGACUGUCGCAGUCGACCCUGGGUCUGUGGCUGGCCGCGUCGCACCAGCCGUGGGUGAACCUGACCGCGAUACUUCUCGAGCUCAGCGCAAGACCCGAGUGGCAGGAUCGGCUCCGAGCCGAGGCCGCAGAGUACGCGGAUGAUAGUGAUCUGGCUAACCAUAUUGACGGGCUUCCGCUGUUGGAUAGCUUUCUGAGGGAGACGACGAGGAUGAAUGUGCUUGAUCGAGUGGCCAUCCGCCGAAAAGCGCUUGCAGACUAUACCUUCUCAACGGGAUCCCCCAGCGUGCCCGCCGGCUCAACCCUUUGCGUCUCGUCUUACAACCUCGCCCGCGACGCGUCCAUCUAUCUCGACCCCGAGCACUUUGACGGUGCGCGCUUCCUCAACGGACGGUCGAAUGAUCCACAUUGUAGAUAUGCAGAUCCUUCAUAUAUUCUGGAUUUACUCACCAACCUCUCACUCAGAACAUCCUCCAAAAACCCUCACGAGCCCCUCUCUGUGACCAUCGCCGGCGAAACCCUCUACCUCAUCAGCAACCCCUCCCACGCUACCGAACUCGCCCGUAACCCUGCCAUAUCGCGAGACCCGCUCGUGGUCGAGAUCUAUACGAAACUGGGAAUUCCACGAGCUGUUGUUGCGCGACUACUUGCUAUUGACCCGGACGCGCCAGGCACAGGCACAGACACAUCGCCUUCUCUGAACGCCAUAGAGACAAUCCUCGAAAUGUACCGCGAGUAUCUGUCCCCGGGUCCCAUGCUGGACACCUUCUUUGACCGAGACGUGCUGCCGCGCAUUCAAGACGCUUUCGCUUUCGCUCUGGACUCCGAUGGUUCAGGUUCAGGCACGCCCCCCUUGUCCCUCCACACCCUCGUCACAACCGCACAGAUAAAAUCCCUGCUAGGGGCCUACUACGGCGACCUGAUCUUCACGCUCGAGCCCGAUUUCGUGGAACACUAUCUCGUGUGGGAGAAGGUGAAUUGGAAGUUCGUCUUCAGGGUCCCGCACUUGUUUAGCGCUGAUAUGCUCGCUGCGCAGCGCACGCUUGUUGGCGCAUUUCGACGGUAUGCUGCUGUUCCAUCUGCGCAGCGGGGACAUGCGAACGAGUGGACCGAGCGGGUGGAGGGGCUUUUGAGGGGGAAAGGCGUGCACGAUGAGGAUCUGGGGUGGAUUUUCAUGUUGCAGACUUGGGCAAUCCUCGGCAACACUUACAAAAGUACCUUCUGGCUGGUGGCACAUAUCCUCGCCGACCCAGCUCUUUUGCAAGCCAUCACCGCCGAAAUCCAACCUGCCCUAACCCUCCGAGCAGAAUCCGGGACGAUUGAAAUCAACCACCAGUAUCUCUCAGAGCACUGUCCGCAGCUGGAUUCUUUAUACAGCGAGGUCCUGCGAUUGACCAUGACUGCCCCUAUGAUCUUACGAGGGGGAAAUAAAGUUAUGCUCCUCUACCACCACCUCCAUCUGGACCCAUCAACCUGGGGCUCCUCCCCAGAAACACUGCAUCCAACCCGCUUCCUCCACUCCCCCUGGCUGAAGAAUAACCCCGCGUACCGCCCCUGGGGCGCCGGCCGACACGCGAUUUUUGCCUUUGUUGCGUGUUUGUUCGGGCGGUUUGAGGUUGUUGACACGAGGGUUGUUGGUCAGGGCGGGUUUCCGAGGAUGGAUAUGUCGAAGCCGACGCCAGGGAUUGCGAGUAUUACGUGGGGGGAUGAUGUUUUGUUGAAGCUGCGAAGGAAAUACUAG